GUCGUCGAAAUAAUCUUCCUCUGAAAGGUCAAAGACCGUCUUUCUAAUUUAAGGAACGGGUGCCAACUUUUGCCUUCUUCAUCGGCCAUAGAAAAUGUUCGUUUGGUCACAGGGACUUCGUUAUAUCCAGCUCUGCUACAGUUGCUGCCUCGACUAUUCUGCCUCUGCGCUCAAGUUCUUCAUUGGGAGGACUUUCUCCAGCUAUAUAAAACAUUCAGUCUCCCUUAAAAAUACCGUUAAGUAUUUUGUCGUUUUCUGUGAAUCGGCCUUUUCUUUCCUUCAAUCUGAUUACCUGUUAAUGCUCCGUGACUUUCCUUAUCUUGCCAUACAAACUCUAGGCCAAGAAAACUAGUAACUGGUAACUGGAGGUGUGGUAGAAGAGGCUGAAGAUAAGAGAUAACUAACUGAUCAGUUCCGAUACUGUGUUGUCUUGCUGCUGGUUGUUCGUUUCUCGCGGAACCCGUCAACAUAUAUACCAGGCUGUGGAGCAGGUGCCAGGCUGUGGAGCAGGUGCCAGGCUGUGGAGCAGUUACCAGGCUGUGGAGCAGGUGCCAGGCUGUGGAGCAGCUACCAGGCUGUGGAGCAGUUACCAGGCUGUGGAGCAGUUACCAGGCUGUGGAGCAGCUACCAGGCUGUGGAGCAGUUACCAGGCUGUGGAGCAGCUACCAGGCUGUGGAGCAGUGAACAAGACCUUAACACCACCAGAGCGCUGUGUGGAGCAGUGAAUAUUCGAGUUCCCAUAACAAUCAAUCAAACCCAUUGCAUAAUGUACACAAUGUAGAGAAAUGUUCCUUCAUGGACUCAAUAAGCCACUUCGAGAGCUUCAGAAAAUGUUGUCUAAUGUAACAACAAAAUACCUGUCCGUCAGUGUUACGAACAAAGGAGCUUCUGGCACAAAUAACAGUAAAUAAGACAAAAGCCUAACAUUUUCACAAUGAAGUAGAAAACUGACACGGAUGGGGAAAUGAACUAAAUUCAUGGCGAGAAUACUCUAGCGAGUACUUCUCCAUGGUACGCUGGAAAACAUUGGUAAUAUAUAUAUAUACGAGCCAGCCUUCGAGACUUCUACCUGUAAGACCAGUUUAUAAAAUUGUGAGAGUGUGUAUGGUGCUGUGGCGGCCAUCGCUGGUCCUGGAGGGACCAAGGUCACCGCAGUAUAACCCUGCAGGCGUUAUGGCCAGAUAGUCACCAAACUUGUUACAUCAGUCAUGGAGGGCAGGGGUAAAUGCGUCAGGCUGUGCGCCAUCUUCGUGGUGUCGGGGUUGCUGUGUGUGACGUCCCUGGGUCGGGUCUUCACCCGUUCCUCCACCACCGCCCACUUGCUCGAGAUGAUGAUGAUGGUGCUGACGGUGCUUCUGGUGUGCUGCGUGGUGGAGACCUGCUGUAAGCCCCUCGACGAUGUCCCUCAGAUCAGAGCCUCCGUCGGCAGCAGGGGUUCGCACUCCUACACAAGAGACCCGCUGGUAUACGCUGAGUCUCCCCCGUCGUAUGAAGAGGUUCUGGCUGCAGAGGCCCUGGAGCCUCCUUCCAGUACCUCACAGGAGGACCAGGCUGCUGGCAAGACUAUACCCGGCACUUUGCAACACUCGCCGACGCCUAAACCUUUCGUCUUGCAGGAUACUGCUGUCUCUGGUUCCUACCAACACAGUUCCGUGCCGCGGAGAUAUUCUCCUUUCAUCCCAGAGUCAACGUAUUCAUACAGUGUAUCUAGUGAGAUCCAGUUGUCAGUGGACGAGCUGCCUAGCUACGAGGAAGCUGUGACUGUGUUGCAGUCUGGGGCCAGCGCUCAACAUCAAGUCAACACCAACCACGACAUGAAUUUGAUGUUUAUAUAGCGGUUGCUUCUAUAAUAUAGCUUUUUUAAAAUGACUGAUUUAGUGAAAUCAAUCGUGUCUUGAAUGUGACACGAAUAACACUUUUGUGAUAACUGCGAUGUAUAACGUUUGUGAUAAUGUGAUUGAAUAAUGACACUAUAGCUUGAUUCAAUCAAUCAUCAGAAUAUAUUCAUGACAAUCAUGAAAAUAGCUUCGGAAACUAUAUUAUACUCAUAAGAGGAAAAAGAGAGACCCACCCUAAAUAUACAGAAUGACGACUUUCCUACUUUGCCUACACUCAGAGAUCUCACCAAACAGCACCGGAUAAUGACGACGUGAAAAAAAUUGAAUACAAUUCCCCAAGGCUAUGACGGGGCGCGAACCCCGACCCUAGCUCUACAGAGUUCUCCUUGCCCACUGCCUUACCCAAUGAUUGAUUGGUCCCUUUCCCCUCAUUCACCUAUUUCUUACCCUAUGUUUGAUUGCCUUUUUAUUACUUCGACCCUUCACCUCACCUCACACAACUUCAUCUUUCCCACAUGUUCAUUUAAGCCAAAAAUUCCACCUUGUGUAUUCAUUCUAUACCUGAAGAUGUUCCAGAGUGGAACGAAACGUUCUAAAAAAUAAAUUCAAUAAUUACAAGUUUUCUUUACCAUGAAUUUUGGAAACUUGAUUGCUUAACUUGAA